GAAGGACUAUUUAUGACUGAUAUAACACAGGUUAAGCGAUUUUAAGUGGUCUGUCAUGGGUUAUUCCUUAAGCAAUGCAUUUUUAUGAGAUUAACUAUCAUCAUAUUUGAAGAAGGCCCUAUCUGUUUUGGUUUGUGGAAUACUUUCUGAAGCAUGAAUAAACGGAGCAUAAAAUAACCAAAACAUAGGCUAUGUGUACACGGCCCUGUCUUUCUCCUAAGGAAUACUAAUAAUUUGCUUAAUGUGAUUAAUAUUGUUAGAAAUGGAUCUCUAUAAAAAUAAAACUCAAAAAGCUCUAAAUGCUUCUUGAUUCAAUAAGAAAACGUUUAUCCCACUUUAGUAUAGAUCACUGACUACAGGAUGUGGCCCUUUCUUAAGUGAACAGAACUAGUGUUACUACUUUUUGUAGUAAAGUAUUUAUUCUUUUAUUUUUAAACGAUUACUGACGUAUAGAUUUUGUAACAGUUUAAGUUGCAGCAUGGAUCCACAGUCAAAAAUACUGUUCUGCUGGAUUUGUCUUCAAGCGAUCUUUGCCUCAGUUUUUUCGGACGUGUGGAAGGCAGAAGUUGUCUCUCCAGUGGAGGCGCUGGUCUCAUCUUGUGUCGUGUUGCCUUGUAAGUUUAAUUACCCUGGCACUCAACUUCCUGACUCUCGGAUAAAGGGAAUCUGGCACAAACAGACAGGCAAAGAGGAUCGCAUUUAUGAUGAAGAUCAUCAUUUGAUUGGAGACAACUUCAAGGGUCGCACAAAGCUAGUUGGCCAAUUGAGUGAGAAAAACUGCUCCUUGGAGAUCGAUGAUGUGAAAGACCACGACGACGGCCCAUUCUGUUUCAGAGCUGAACUCCCAGAAGACAAAAAAUUCUCUUUUGUGGAGAAGUGUGUGACCAUCACUAUGAAGCCUGAACCUGACCAGCCAAAAGUGGAACAUGAUGAAUUCUUCACGGACGGAGCAAUUGCCAUCUUUAAAUGUUAUGUCAGACACACCUGUCCCACACACCACCCAACUAUUGAAUGGAGUCGUCAAGAGCCUAAACCCCGUUUGUCCUAUAAGGAUAAUGGCUUUGGAGUUUGGGAGGUGGAGUCCCACCUGAGCUUCACUGCCAAAGAGGAAGACGAUCACGCUGAUAUCACCUGCACUGUCACUUUCCACGGCAACAAGAAAUCUGCAGUCACUAAGAUGAUAUUCAUAAAACGUAAACAAAAUAUCUUUCACAUCAUUAUUCCUGUGGCUGCUGUGCUCGGGACUAUCGUUGUAUUUGGAACGGCAUUUUUCUUCGUGACGAAGAGAUACAAGAGACAGAUCCAAGAGCUGCAAUCUAGAAAUCUAAAUGUGGAUCUCUUGGGGAGCUCUUAAUUUUACUUCUCUAUGGAUGGCAAAAUGUGAAAGCAACAAGAGAGGUCAGUGUUACAUUAUUCAUCAGCAUCAUGUCUCUUUUCUUUGCUCUGCUGAGACAAAAAGGUGCUUCUUUAUAGUCAAGAUGGUGCUUCCUCCAAUCAUCAAUCAUACGUCCUUCAACCUGUAAUGCAGAAGUCAAUAAAAGUAUCAAUUAAUUUAACGCAUUCGGAUGACAUGAGUUCCUACAAGAGAAUAAGAAUUGUGUAGAUUAACUGUGCAUUUUGUGAUUUGGUUAUUGAAACCACAGAAUUCAUAUUUUCUGGUGUACAGCAUUUUGGACGUUCUGAAAUAUUCAAGACCUGCCCUACAAAAAGAAAACUACAUUAAACAAAUUAGGCAUGUACAAGAAAAACUGGACAUUAACCACAAUGAAUCUAGAGAUGAUAUACUAAUUAUGCAAUAAUUCACUCUGGGGUGCUAACAGCCCUCCAUUUUGCAUUGGGCCUCAUCACACCACCUUAGAGUGGAAUGUUUUCAUAUAACAGCAUGGCUCAUCAUGCGAUAUUCAAUACACGUUAACUACCACUUUUCGUCCUUUGUCCCACCCAGUGUAGCAUAACGUAAAGCACCUAUUUAAACUACUUAUCCCUGCCAUUUCCACUUAAUUCUAUAGUCUCAUCAAUCUGUACUGCUUUGUGCCCUUAGUCGUUAUGUGUGUAACAUGCCAUGUACAGUGCUUCCUUGUCAUAUAUACAGCUGGUUUCUUGUUUUUACAUGUUAAGUCAUCUGUAGGCACAUGCUACUGUAUUAAAUUUGAUUUUGACUGGAAGUAACUCCAUACUCAUUACUUAUGUUAAUUAAUUAAUGCAUGAAUUCUGAUAACAUUCAAUUAAUUAAAUAAUAGUACAUUUUGUAACAAAAAAUAACAAUGUGUGUUUUUGUCUGAGGGAAAAAAGAUCACAAUCCCUUUUCACUAAAUGUUAGCGGAAAAAAAAGGCUACAACAAAUCUGGUGGCAGACAUUCAGUUGGCUAUGGUGAUGAUUACACCAACAUGGGUGACCUCAAUGUUUAUGGGAAUAAACACACUUACCCCAUAAAGAAGCCCAUCUACACGUCAACUGAUUUUAUAAAUGUAAAUAGAAAUAUCUUUAUCAUUGGACCUGCCAUAUUUUUUACAUGAGGAUAAUGAAUUUACAAAUUCAUGUGAUUUCAUUAUGUUAAAUAAUGGCUUGCUUUGAAUAAAAAAAAUAAAAAAAAGAUAAAUGCUUGUAUGGAAAUUUGGUCAGUUGGUAUUGAUGUAUGGAUGUAUUUAUGCAAUUACACGCAAAUACAGUUGACUAGUAAUUGUAUUAAUAAUACAAAUACCACUGUGUUUUCUUUUUUUUUGUGGCUGUGACCAUUAAAGUGUUAAAUAAAAAGUAUUAACGUAUUGACUGUGAGCUUUUUGUUUUUGUUUUUUAAUAAGUAGUGAUUUUGUCCAGUUUGUAUAACAAGAGAAUGGUCAGAUAUAUUUAUGGUGUCAAGAUAAAUAAGUAUAAUCUCUUAUAUUGAGAUUUAAAAUUCACCAACUUUGUACAAUAUUUAGAUCAGCUAUAAAAGUUUUGAAAAUUUUAGAUGACGUGGCCUGCUGAGUAGUACGCAAACUGUCACCAGAUCUACCCACACAGUCCACUGCAAGGUUAAAGUUUGCACCAAUAAUUAUUGGGAGAUCAUCAUCAAAAAAGCUGGAUCAAAAACAUUAGGUCCAUAUGCAGAUAUCAAAUAUGCUAUAUUUGAAUGUAUUCAAAGUCAUUACAGCAUAACAAAAUACCCCAACCCCCAUAGCCCAGAUGUAUCCACUUGUAAAUGUAACUUCCUGUCAACUAAAAGUAGAACUCCUUUGGCUUUAUUUAUGGCCUAUGAGUGCAAUUAUCCUGUGAUAUUUGUUCUGAAACCUAGGCACAUCCUGUUGUGUUUAAAUGCGAUGUGGGAAUUUUCCAUUAAUCCAUCCAUCUUCUACCUCUUACUCCUUUUUCAGGGUCACGGGGAACCUGAAGCCUAUCCCAGGCAGCAUCGGGCACAAGGUGGGGUACACCCUGGACAGGGUGCCAGUCCAUCGCAGGGCACAAUCACAUACACACUCACAAUGUGGGAAUUUUUAUUUAAUUUAAUUUUAUUAUUUAUUUAUUUAUUUAUUUAUUUAUUUAUUUAUUUGUUUUUUACAAAAAAUCAAGACAUUUUACCCUUUUAAUGGGGUGAUUAAGACCAUGUACAUUCCAAGAAAUAAAAUGUAAUUCACUCAUAUAAUAUGCUCAAAGAGGAAAUUAUACAAAUUAGUCGGUGUAAGUGGAUAAGACCACAUGUUAUCAAUAAAGCUUUGGGCAUCUUCAUGGGAAGAGGAGACAUGUGUCCCAUCGUUGUACAGUACCUUAAGGCUAGCAGGAUAAAGAAAGUGCUGCAUGCCUUUCUGCUUGAGUGAAGCAAUGCAGGACGAGGAAGCUGUCCACCGCUGAAGGGUCGUGCUAGAGUAGUCAGUGAAAAACAGGAGCUGAGACUGGCCAUGUAGAAUCUUGGUGCCUGCUUGUGUGUAGGCCUUCAUGAUGACCUGUCAAUUGUUGUACCUCAGAAACAUAAAUAUGAGGGUUCUUGGUCUCGUUGACGAAGUCUCCUGACCACUGUAAACACAGUGAGCACUCUCAAUUUUGAUCAGCCC